AUGGAUGCAAAGGAUAACAAAAGCGUCCUCUCUCACGAGGAGGAUGUAGCCAUCUCAGCUCCUGAGCUUGCCAAGGAUCAUGCUGCUCUUGCGCCGGAGGUCGUUCAUGAGAAGGCUGAUUUGGCGCCGGAGCUCGUCGAGCCGGCUGGCCGUGGGAAGAAGUCUGGUGCUAUGAAUAUCAUUGAAAAUCCUCUUGUGCGCAUUUCCAAGGAACAAGCCCUCGCCGAUGCUCGCGCCUACGCCGAAUCGCACAAUAUGUCCGAGCACGCCGAUCUGUUCGGCCGCGCCGCUUUGGUCGCCCGAGACCCUAAAGGUUUCGAACUGGUAACUGAGCUGGACGAGCAGGAGCGCACUGCGCUUGCAUAUGAAAGAGAUCACAAAUGGCAUGGUCCUUACAUGCUUUGGUAUUCCAUUGCUCUGUGCGCUGUUGGAGCCGCUACCCAAGGAUGGGAUCAGACUGGAGCCAAUGGAGCCAAUCUGUCAUUCCAUCAGGAAUUUGGUAUUGCUGGUGAAGGCAGAGAUGAAUGGAUUGUGGGAAUUGUGAAUUCGAUUAUUUUCUUGACUGCCGGUCUGGUUUCUGAGGCUGACAUUGUGCAUAGUGGCGCCUUCAUUGUCGACCCACUUAACCACUACUUGGGACGAAGGGGUGAGAUUUUCGUCACUGCUCUCUGUCUCACUGCUACCCCAAUUGGUUCUGCUUUUGCGCAGUCAUGGCAGGGGCUGUUUGCUGCGCGAUUUGUUAUGGGUAUCGGUAUUGGUGCGAAGAACGCUACUGUGCCUAUCUACUCUGCCGAGAUGGCCCCAGCUCGAAUUCGCGGUGCUCUUGUUAUGUUCUGGCAACUUUGGGUUGUGGCCGGUAUUUUCUUGGGUUUCGCUGCCAACGUCAUCGUCAAAGACACCGGGGAUAUCGCCUGGCGCCUCCAGCUCGGCUCGGCAUUCAUUCCAUCGUUCAUUCUGGGUAUUGGCAUCUUCUUCUGCCCCGAGUCCCCCCGUUGGCUCAUGAAGCACGGCAGACAUGCUGAAGCUUUCCAAUCUAUGAACCGCUUGCGAGCUCAUCCUAUCAUUGCUGCAAGGGAUUACUAUUACUCGUAUAUUAUCUACGAGGAGGAACUGAAGGAGGCUCGAGGCGCUGGAUAUUUCUCCCGUAUGUGGGAUUGCUUCGCCGUGCCUAGAAUUAGGCGUGCGAACUACGGUGCCUCAACUGUCAUGAUUGCCCAGCAGAUGUGUGGUAUCAACAUUAUCUCAUUCUACAGUUCAAGUAUCUUCGAGAAAGUUGGUUACAGUGCCACUCAGGCUUUAUAUGCCUCUCUUGGUUAUGGUGCUAUUCAGGUUGUCUUCACGAUCCCGACGUUGUUCCUCAUUGAUACGAAGGGUCGAAGAACUCUGACUCUGAUUACUUUCCCCCUCAUGUGCAUUUUCCUACUCGCAGCCGGUCUCUCCCUUCUGAAAACCGACGGCAGUCAGGGUGCCAGAAUUGGACCAGUAGUCCUGUUUGUCUAUCUAUUCACCAUCGCCUACUCCCUUGGUGAAGGCCCAGUCGCGUUCCAGUACUCUGCCGAGGUCUUCCCUACUAUCCAGCGUGAACAAGGAAUGGCUUGGGCUGUUUGCAUCAACAACACUUUCGCCGGUAUCCUCGGUUUGACAUUCCCUCGAAUGACAACCGUCAUGACACCAACUGGUGCUUUCGGUUUCUACGCCGGACUCAACCUCAUCGCUUGGGGCAUGAUUUUCUGUUUCGUCAGAGAAACAAAGCAACUCACUCUAGAAGAACUGGAUCAGGUCUUCUCAGUUCCCACCAAGAAAUUCAUCCACCACGAAUCGACCGUGUGGCUUCCUUGGUUCAUCAAGCGCUACAUCUUCCGCCAAAAUAUUCCAAAACCUCCUCCCAUCAUCGCUACGGCGGACGAGGCUUUGGCAGAGAAGCGUUCGUAG